AUGAUUUGGAUUAGAUCCACUUGUGUUCUGUCUUUCAUCUUGUUUUGUGCCCACAUAGCAGCUGUAUCUAUUAAACAUCUCUCUAAAGGAAAUGUGCAUGAUGAAGAUUUUGAUGAACAGAGGGAUAUUUCAGAAAUCAAUUUUGCUGAAGGCUUGGAUCUCUUUCAAGGGGACAUCCUCCUAAGGAACUCCAGAAAUGGCCUGAGAGACCCUAACACCAGAUGGAAGUUCCCCAUCCCUUACAUUCUGGCUGACAAUUUGGGGCUGAACGCCAAAGGAGCCAUUCUUUACGCCUUUGAAAUGUUCCGCCUCAGGUCCUGUGUGGAUUUCAAGCCCUAUGAAGGAGAGAGCUCAUACAUCAUAUUUCAGAAGUUUUCUGGGUGCUGGUCUGAGGUUGGCGAUCAACACGUGGGACAGAACCUUUCCAUUGGCCAGGGGUGUGACUAUAAGGCCAUCAUUGAACAUGAGAUUCUCCACGCUUUGGGAUUUUACCAUGAGCAGUCAAGAACUGACCGGGAUGACUAUGUGAACAUCUGGUGGGAUGAAAUUCUUCCAGGUUUUGAGCACAACUUUAACACCUAUGAUGACAGCUUCAUCACAGACCUCAACACGCCCUAUGACUACGAGUCUUUGAUGCACUACGAGCCUUUCUCAUUUAACAAGAAUGAAAGCGCUCCUACCAUCACGGCCAAGAUCCCUGAGUUUAACACCAUCAUUGGGCAGCGCCUGGACUUCAGUGCCACUGAUUUGGAGAGGCUGAACCGAAUGUAUAAUUGCACCACAACUCACACCCUUUUGGACCACUGUGCUUUUGAGAAGGCAAACAUCUGUGGGAUGAUUCAGGGGACCAGAGAUGAUGCUGACUGGGUCCAUGAGGACAGUUCGCAGCCUGGACAAGUGGACCACACCUUGGUGGGACAAUGCACGGGUGCCGGCUACUUCAUGCACUUCAGCACCAGACUGGGGGUGGCAGAAGAGGCAGCCCUGCUGGAGUCACGGAUUCUUUACCCAAAGAGGAAGCAGCAGUGCCUGCAAUUUUUCUAUAAAAUGACAGGAAGCCCUUCAGAUCGGCUGGUCAUCUGGGUCAAGAGGGAUGACAGCACGGGCAAUGUUCGCAAGCUGGUCAAGGUGCAGACCUUCCAAGGAGAUUUGGACCAAAAUUGGAAAAUUGCCCAUGUGACACUUAGAGAAGAAACGAAGUUUCGCUACCUUUUCCAGGGCUCCAAAGGUGACCCCCAGAACUCAAAUGGGGGAAUUUACCUAGAUGAUAUCACCCUGACGGAAACCCCAUGCCCCACAGGCGUUUGGACAGUACGGAAUUUCUCGCAGGUCCUUCAGAGCACAGUUAAAGGGGACAAGCUCCUGAGUCCUCGAUUCUACAAUUCAGAGGGAUAUGGUUUUGGGUUGACUUUGUACCCUCAUGGCAGAGCAAGCUACAGUCCAUCUGGCUACUUAGGAGUUGCUUUUCACCUGUGCAGUGGGGAGAAUGAUGCUAUCCUGGAGUGGCCAGUGGAAAACAGACAGGUGAUAAUGACAAUACUCGACCAGGAACCCGAUGCCAGGAAUAGAAUGUCCUCAAGCAUGGUGUUCACUACCUCUAAGUCCCAUACAUCUUCAGCCAUAAAUGACUCCGUCAUCUGGGACAGGCCGUCGAUUGUGGGAUCCUAUCAUAAGGACUGUGAUUGUUUUAGAAGCAUCGACUGGGGCUGGAGUAAUUUUCUCUCCCACGAAAUGCUAAAAAGGAAGAGUUUCCUUAAAAAUGACGACCUUAUACUUUUUGUGGACUUUGAAGAUAUAACACACCUUCUCCAGACUGAAGUUCAAAUUGAAGACACAAGGCUGAUUCCCCAAGGCCUCGUUCUCCAGGGCCGGGAGCAGCAGACCUCAGAAGAAGGCACAGGAAGGGGCUUGUUAGAGAAAGCCCUACCCAGCAACCUGGACCAGGGGCAGCCCAGCCGACCGAAGCGGUCAGUGGAGAACACAGGCCCCUUGGAAGACCACAAUUGGCCCCAGUACUUCAGAGACCCAUGUGACCCAAACCCUUGCCAAAAUGAAGGCAUCUGUGUGAACGUGAAGGGGAUGGCGAGCUGCAGGUGCGUCUCCAGCCAAGCCUUCUUCUACACGGGGGACCGCUGUCAGGCCAUGCAGGUGCACGGCAGCCUCCUGGGCCUGAUGAUUGGAGGCACAGCCGGCGUACUCUUCUUGACCUUCACCAUCAUCAACAUCCUGUCUCAGAAGCCAAGGCAGUGA